AUGAGAAUCAUAAUUUCUAAAGUGGAUUUCUUCCAUCAAUUUUAAGUUGAGAAUAUUGAUUACGAAGCAUAUGAUUAUUGUUUGAAGCAUCUUACAUUUGAAACCUUUUAAAAAAAUACAGUUAUUUUUGAAAAGGGAGAGUAGCCUCAUAACAUGUAUGUGGUAAUACGAGGAUAGGUGUCUCUGUAUUCUAAUGAUCAUUUAAUAGACCAAACAACGACAAGAAAGCAUUCGGUAAGUGUAGACUAUGGUAGAGAGUCUCCUUACGCAAAUAGAAUCAGAUUUUCUGAUUUUAAGGUCAAAAGUUUAGUUCGUUUAACUGAAUUUAAGGACUGGAAGACAUUUGGUGAAUAAGCUAUUUUAGAUUAGCGACUAAGAACCAAUAUUGCGGUGUGUGAUAUCGAUUCUGCUUUGGCAAUUUUGACUAGAGAAAAUUAUACAACAGCUGUUUAAAUUUUGGAGAAGAAGAAGGAGCAGCAUCGAAUGAAUAAUUUCAAGUUGAAUCCAAGUUUUUAAGGUUUAAAUAAGAAAUUAAUCAAUCUGAUGUUGUUUGCUUAUUAAUCAUCUGAUUAUAAAUUUAGAGAUAUAAUUUAUAAGUAGGGUUAGAGUGAUUCUGAUACUAUUUACAUUAUUAAAUAAGGGGAGUUCUUAAUGUAUUAGGAAUAAAAGAUGAACGAGUAGUAGCAAACCAAAGUGAGAAAAUAAAUUGCCAUUAUGACAACAGGCGAGAUGUUUGGAGAUUAUGAAGCAUUUGAAAGAGUACCUAGGUAAUUUAAUGUCUAAUGUAAUUCACACACAGCAAGUUUAAUAAUCAUUCCCUUAUAAUCAUUAUAUUAAAAAUUAUCUUAAUUUAACGAAUAGCAUUAUGUGUAAUAAUUAAGAGCUUUAUGUUUGAAAAAGCAUAAAUGGUACCAUGAUUUCAAAAGCAGCAUUGAACAGACUUAAGAAAAAUAUUAACAUUUCUUAACCAUUUAGGAUCAGAAAUAGAGUCAUUUGAAUAAUUCGUUUAAUAAAUUAGAUUCACCUACUAAAAUACUUAAUGAUUCGAAAUAGAUGACUGAUACUAUUUUGUGUGUAAGUCCAAUCGCAGAACUAAAAAAUACAUUGAAUUAUCUUACUUCAAUAGAUGAUACUCAAGGUUAAAUGAAUGAAUAAUUAGUAGAACUAAAUACAAGCAUUAAUAAUUCAAAAACAAAAAAUAGAAAUACUAUUUAUUUGCCUUCUCCUGAUAAGUUAUAACCCUUACCAAAAAUUAAACUAGUUUCCAAUAGACAAUAAGAAAGAAACUAAUUAUCUACACCAGAUAGAUUCAAUCAAGUGAUAAGAAAUAAAAUGACAAUUUUAAAAAGAAUGCACAAUCUAUCUCCAGAAGAUUCUGUAAAUAUUAACACUUUGUAACAGAAGACUAUUUACGUCCAAUUACCAAAAUAAGUGAAACUGGAAUAAAAUAUUGAGAAACAAUGGCCAAUCAAGGCAACUCUCUAUCUAAAUGAUUUGGAUGAUAGAAUGAGAUAUCACAGCAAUAACUCAAAGUUGCAGAAUUGCAACAGUAGUAGAGACUCCAGUGUGGUUUAUGAAUAAUUGAGUUUGAGAAUGGAUGGGAGUGAGUAAUAUUCAUAAAGAACUAGCAGAAUGGGAAUAUUGAACAACAUACUAUAACACUCAGUAACAAAGAGAGGUAAGAACAAAAAGAAAAGAGCAUUGACGUUAAAAUACAGAGAGUAUUUGGAAUCAUAAAUGUAACAGAAAACUUAGAAUUCAUUGCAAUAUUCUUGA